AUUUCCCUCUCUCUUUUGUAAAAANGCUGUGCUGCAUCACUAAGCCACAUUAUGCUGUGCUCCACACCCCUCGCCGCCUUCCACCUCUGCUGAGCACUGGCAGUAUGGAUGCUGCUGUCGUGACGACCUCUCCUGCUUCUUUUAGUCCACUGCGGAUCGGCAUGCCAAAUAACCCUGCUGUCAAUGGGCGAGGACAUUGAUACACGAAAAAUCAACAACAGCUUUCUCCGAGACCAUAACUAUGUGACAGAAGCUGAUAUAAUUUCUACCGUCGAGUUCAACCACACUGGAGAGUUGCUGGCUACAGGGGACAAGGGGGGUCGAGUUGUUAUCUUCCAGAGAGAACAAGAGACAAAAAAACAGCCUCACCAGCAGGGUGAAUACAAUGUUUACAGCACCUUCCAGAGUCAUGAGCCCGAGUUUGAUUACCUGAAAAGUCUGGAAAUAGAAGAAAAGAUCAAUAAGAUCCGAUGGCUCCCUCAACAGAAUGCAGCUCACUUCCUCCUUUCAACCAACGAUAAAACUAUUAAAUUAUGGAAGGUCAGUGAAAGGGACAAGAGGCCAGAAGGUUAUAACCUCAAAGAUGAAGAAGGCAGACUCAAGGACCUAUCUACGGUUACAGUGCUGCAGGUGCCGGUAUUGAAGCCCAUGGAUCUUAUGGUGGAGGUCACCCCCCGGAGGAUCUUUGCUAACGCUCAUACCUAUCACAUCAAUUCGAUCUCCGUCAACAGUGACUGUGAGACGUACAUGUCCGCUGACGACCUCAGGAUUAACCUCUGGCAUUUAGGAAUCACAGACAGGAGUUUCAACAUUGUAGAUAUCAAACCUGUGGACAUGGAAGAGCUGACUGAAGUGAUCACCGCGGCUGAAUUCCACCCCCACCACUGUAACCUCUUGGUCUACAGCAGCAGCAAGGGAACUCUGCGGCUCUGCGACAUGAGGGCAGCGGCACUGUGCGACAAGCAUGCCAAAUUGUUUGAGGAGCCGGAAGAUCCCAGCGGCCGCUUCUUCUUCUCUGAGAUAACCUCGUCUGUUUCUGAUGUGAAGUUCAGUCACAGUGGCCGCUACAUGAUGACACGGGAUUACCUCACUGUCAAAGUCUGGGACCUGAACAUGGAAACCAAGCCGAUAGAAACGUAUCAGGUUCAUGAUUACCUCCGGAGCAAACUUUGUUCUCUUUAUGAGAAUGACUGCAUCUUUGACAAAUUUGAAUGUGCGUGGAAUGGCUCAGACAGUGUAAUUAUGACCGGCGCCUACAACAACUUCUUCAGGAUGUUUGAUCGCAACACGAAACGGGACGUCACGUUGGAAGCUUCCAGGGAGAACAGCAAACCACGGGCCAUCCUCAAACCACGCAAAGUGUGCACAGGAGGCAAGAGGAGAAAAGACGAAAUUAGUGUUGACAGUUUAGACUUUAACAAGAAGAUCCUGCACACGGCCUGGCACCCGACAGAGAACAUAAUAGCUGUGGCCGCCACAAACAAUCUCUACAUAUUUCAGGAUAAAGUGAACUCGGAGAUGCACUAAGUUUAUAAAUACCCUGAGUUGGUUAUAAACCAGCCUUUUGUUUUUUUGUUUUUUUUGGGGGGUUGUUGUUGACAGGUCUUUGCGACCUGUCUGCCAAGUGAUCUUCACAAGGUUGUAUUCAUCUCUUAGUGGAAUUGUGGAGUGUGGUUUCUCAUUAGCGUGUAUCACUGUCAGUAACCAUUGAUUUUUGGUCACUCACCGGGGGGCUGAGACCGUCACUCCAGGGUGGACAGACGAGAGCAGGUAUGAACACCGCCCUACAGUGUUGAAGCUCUUCUCCGCUCAGCCCAGUGUCGUGGCCCAGGCAUUUAAAUGUUUACUCCGUGCGUCGUCUAAAACUUUUCAUGUGAGAUGUCCUGAAUUUACACAUGGCGAUUUUUAUAUAUAAAAAAAAGAACAGCUAAUGUGGAGCUCGGACUACCGAUUCAUUCCUGAUUGUGUUUAUUUUUAAAAAGUCUUUGCAAUGGAUUGGAUUUGGUUGGUCUCACAGUACAGUUAAGCAGCUUCUCGACAGGCACCUGAGGUGUGGGUGGUACUGUUUCUAUUUCGAAAUGUGUCUCAAAUCAAACCUGGCAACAUCUGUCAGGAUGUGGCUGUUCCAGGGAUUGGAAGGAGGGUAAGGGGGGUUGGGUGGAUGGGUUUUACAUUACGCUCUUGUAACUGGGCUUCAAUCCAGCUAAUGGACAAAAUGUGAAUCCAUCUUUUCCUUCCCGUGAGGGGGUCUGGUUUGCAAUAAGCGAGUUUGAGCAUUUGCUUCCUGGUUUCUGCAGUGCACGUAUAAGCAACAAAACAAAAACAAAUCCCUCUCUAAUUUGGCACAAUUGGUAUUCACUUGGCAGUGUCACUCAAAGAAGUCUUAAAGAUCAGGGUGGUUUGUGGAGUGGUGAGCAAUGGGAUUAGGUUUAAGGCAGCUUGUCGGAGUACAAGUAGUAAUAAUGGGAGCUUUGCAUUGUGUCUGACCAACGGUGGGCCUGACCUCCGGAGCUCUUGACACUGUCACUGGCUGCAGUAAGGAAAUGUUCCAGGGCCCAGCACUGCCAUCACAACUGAUGCAAAAAUGUUUUAUGAUUUUUUUGUGAUAAAGAACAUUUUCAAGAUUUUAAUAAACAAGCUUCACUUGACUAAUGCUCCUGAUUGUAUCAAAUGCUGCCUGCCUUCUCUCCCAGAUCUGAAUCACUCUGCCCACCCCAUUGAACCGCUGAUUAUGCAAACCCAAGGAUAAGGUGGAUUCUUGCUUAACCCCUCGGAAAACCAUUGAUUUCUGACGUAUUUAUUCCACAUUUCGAGUCAGCCCUUUAAGGUUAGGCUACAUUUUGUUUUAUAGGCUGUAAGAGAAGCUGUAAUCCUCUUUUAUUGGAAUAUAGCUAAUAAAACUUGAUUUUUGUGAUAAAGCACAGGAAUAAAGAACACUCAUGUUAUAUAGGUUUGAUUUUGACGCCAGUUUAAGUGAACUAUCAGAGGACACUCUGCCUCUUGGGGAAGACCUGUCAAAUAGACUGACAACACCUGUUUGUUCUAUACAGUACUUGUGUGUUUUGAAGGUUAAUGGUUUUAUGGAAAUGUUUAGUAAUGGGGUAAAUGGUUGGUAGAACCGUCUUUACAGGCUGAGCACUGUUUAAUUCUUACACUUUUUUUUGGACUGCACUGAUGAAUGUCAUGAGACUCUUUUGUAUUUUUCUCACUUUUGCUGCAUUUCCCAGUAACUCAAAAUCCCGUGUCUAAGAGCGGGUCGGUGGUGGUGGUAGUGAUGGUGAGGGAGUGCUUAUUUUAUUUUCCGUGCCUGUGGCUUUGUCCAAAUUUCCGAUCAGUCAGAGUUUAGCGAGCUUUAUUCCAUCUGGAUUUACCAGAGAGGUAUCUUGGCAGAUGGUCAUCUGGAAAUGAGCUGUGAUUAACAAAGCACAAUAAAGUUCUCGGAAGUUUAUUCGGUGUUGUCAAAUAUAUGAUGAAUGUACAGAUAUCCAUUGCAUCUUUAUAGAGGACGUCUUUAGGCUCUUGAUUUAAUCCAGCCGCUUUAUUGAAGACUAGAUUUUGCCACUGAUUUUUUUUUGACUUACUGGGGAAUAAGACUAGAAUUUUUUUUAUUUAUUAAACAAAUUAAGUAUAAAAUUGGGGGGAAUUAUACUGAGCAUUUAAAGAAAAAAAACUGAAGCAGGUGCCUAUAUAGAGCUAUCUUCAACUUUAAGCUAUUUUGAGGACAAGUCUUUGAAACCUGCUCAGGAGAGGGGGGUUGUUGAUUUGAAUUGCAUUUUUCAAAAUGUCUGCAGUUUCAGUCUAUAGCUAACCAACGCUUCUUUUACCUUCUAAUGUAACGUUGGUGAAAUGUUUCUGAUAAACAGAAUGGCUAUCAGGUGUGUUAAUAUCAGGUUUUCAAAUAAAAUAAAGACUAUUAUCAGCCUUUGCAUCCUUGAA